CACUGUCACAAUAACGAAGAGGAUGAAAAAAAUCGAAACCUGCGGAUUGAUAAAAAGUGCGAUGAAUGAAUUUAAUUUCGGAACAUUAGUGAGGGGCCGCCGCGAAAAGUGAUCCUUCCGUGCGAUAACAACCCUCGGACUGCGGGGGAGCAGCAGGAAGAGGACGAACCCUUGUGUUGUGUUGGGACGAACAUAUCAUUUUCCGGUUCAGUGCAGUGCGGAAUCUAAUCGCGCGGUUUCCACAGUACGCCAAGCGUGAAAAUAAAUUAGGGCGCCCUUCCGCCUAAGAUUAGAUUAAUCCCCAAACAUCGAUAGGUAGAACGAGAGAGAGAGAGAAAGAGAGCAUCUUCCCCUGUGGGCCGGACUGCAACGCACGGGGUGGACUCGGGAGGGGCUCCGUUUGGCUCCAAAACACGCCACCGCCUAAAGUGAGCGGAAGCAUGUACCAAAGCGCUUGCACUGCGGCGGCCGCCGGCGGUUGCUCCGAGCCGGAGCGCCACGACCGGGACGGGCUGAUCACGCACGAGACGGCCGUCGCCCCGGUCGAGCACGACUACAGCGGGUUCGAUAUCGUGAAGGCCACCCAGUACGGGGCGAUAGCGCGCGUGAAGGAGCUGAUCGAGGCGGGCUGGGACGUGAACCAGCCGGACAGCGAAACGGUCACGCUGCUGCACUGGGCCGCCAUCAACAAUCGCAAGGACAUCAUCAAGUACUUUCUCGACAAGGGUGCGAUAGUGGAUGCGGUGGGCGGCGAGCUGAACGCGACCCCGCUGCACUGGGCCACCCGGCAGGGCCAUCUGGGGGCGGUCGUGCUGCUGCUGGCGGCCGGUGCCGACCCCAGCCUGCGCGACGCGGAGGGCUGCUCCUGCAUCCAUCUGGCGGCACAGUUCGGCCACACGGCGCUGGUGGCGUACUUCAUAGCGCGGGGCGUCAAUCCGGACCUGCAGGACCGGGGCGGCAUGACGGCGCUGAUGUGGGCGGCGUGGAAGAUAUCCGCCCUCGAUCCGGUCCGGUUGCUGCUGACGCUCGGCGCCAAUCCGAGCCUGGCCGAUCACACGCACGGCAAUACGGCGCUGCACUGGGCGAUACUGGCGCGCAACGCGACCGCCAUCAGCACGCUGGUGCUGAAGGGCAAGGCGAACAUGGAGGUGCCGAACCUGCGGGGCGACACGCCGCUCACGAUGCUGCAGCCGCACCUGGGCUCGAUCUGGAUCGGCACGAAGGUGUCGGACCGGAUCCGGGAGGCCACGCAGCAGUCGCACCGGCGCAACCCGCUCGUCCGCAUGACGCUCGACAAGCGGUUCCGCUGGUGGAGCAUGAUUGCGACGCCGUUCCUCGUCUUCUACCUGGUCGGGCUGGUGUUCUGUGCCGACACGCAGAUCAUCAUCAAAAUAUUCCUGCUCGCCUGCCUGUACAGCGUGGCGUACACGAUCGGGCAGCACCUGUUCGACGAGAACCUGAUGGCGCUGCUGCCGCUGAGCGUCUACAUGGCGACGAAGCUGUGGUUCUACGUCACCUGGCUGACGUACAUUGCGCCGACGGUUUCGUUUCUCGCCUCGCUGGCGUUCCUCGCGUGCAGUGCGGGGCUGUGGGUGUGCUUUCUCAAGUCGUGGCGCGGCAACCCGGGCGUCAUCCAGCCGACGCAAGAGCAGCGGUUUAGGACCAUCAUUGAACUUUCCGAGCGUGGUGCAAGCGGAUUUGAACCGUCGGCUUUCUGCUCCGCCUGUCUGGUCCGGCGGCCGGUACGCUCGAAGCACUGCUCCGUGUGCGAUCGGUGCGUCGCCCGGUUCGACCAUCACUGCCCGUGGGUGGGCAACUGUAUCGGUGCGAAAAAUCACAAAUACUUUAUGGGAUUCCUGUGGAUGCUGCUGAUCAUGUGCGGCUGGAUGCUGUACGGCGGCUCCAAUUUCUACGUGCAAACGUGCUCCAUCAAUAUGGAUGAGGGUUUGUGGUCAGCACUGCAAGCGAUCGGUUCCUGCAAUCCGUGGGUCGGCUGGGUGAUGGGCAACGCGCUGCUGCACAUGUCCUGGGUGACCGUGCUGACCAUCUGCCAGAGCUACCAGGUCGUCUGUCUGGGCAUGACGACGAACGAACGGCUGAACCGGGGCCGCUACCGCCACUUCCAGGCCAAGGGCGGCAAGAGCCCGUUCAACCGUGGGCCGGUGAAAAAUCUGUUCGACUUUCUCGAGUGCAGCUGCUUCGGGCUGGUGCAGCCGCAGCGCACCGACUGGAUGCAGUUCUUCGAGUUCGACAAGCACGUCGAGCACGAGCCACUGCUGCGGCCCGACAACUUUCAGUACGUCUGAGCUCGGGUCGGCAGCGAGCAAGGGGACGCACAGGAAGACGCAGCAGGACAGCAGCCCGUUGAGCCCGCCGACCGGCAACCGGAACCGCACCAGGCGGCCCGCCCGGAACCCGGCGGAGCGCGAGUUGGCCACGCUGCUGCGGACGGAAACGAUCAACGCGAUGCUAAAGUGUGGCAGCAAGUCGAAACUGUACUGAUGGUUCAGCAGGCGACCGGCGAAGGCCGUGGUGCAGCAGUGUGAAGGUAACCGAGGUGGUGGUUGGGCAAAUUCUCUAGUACCCAUCGAUUGCAUCGAUUCUCCUCUCUCUCUCUCGCUUCUUACGCAAAAAACAGUGAUAGCUGAGUGAGUUUGGUUGGUGAAAGUGUGUUGGUGAUUUAGCGAAGCAGUUAAAAGUUUUCCUUUCCCCGUUUCGUCCAUUUUCGUCGGUGCAUUUUUCCGCCUCUUUUUGUGCAUUAUUUACGCAGACGGCGGAUGGGAUAGGGCAAGCAGGUGGUCGCACUAUCGUAGAAUUAAUUAUAGUAUUUUGGUAUCAUUUUCCUGUGCUGUUUUUUUUAAACAUGAGUGUGGGAGUGCGCAAGAACCGAAAGGCUUUAGAUAGGGAGUUAAGAAGAUUACGCAGCAAAUAGUGUGGGUAGGAAACGCUUAUAGAAAAAAAAAACAUAAAGCACAGAACAAUGCCCCGUUCACACACAGACACACCAACCAUACCAAUGAUGAUGAAAUAAGUACGCUAUACAAACGGGGACAAAAAAGGGAAAAUUAGAGCACGUGUUCGACAGAAAAAGAGAAGGAUAACGAACAAAUGAAAGACACAAAUUACUAGCAUGUAAGAAGCAAAACAUAUUGAAACUGUGGAGGAGUAGGGUGUAGGAUUAAGGGCAAAAUGAAGAAACAUUUAAAAGUCAGACACACAAACCCCCAUACACACCAAACAGAACGGUCGAUCGUAGUAGGAUGGGCGUAUUAUGCGUACAGAAACAAAAGAUUACAAUUCAUUCCAUUGAUCGCGGUGGAAACGAGGCCAGACCUGUAGUGAACCUUUGUAAAGUCACAGGACACAAAACGCAUCUCGGUCACUCGGCUGACCGAUUGUCGCUGUGCGUAUUGCAUACCAUUUGCAUCCUUUUAAGAGACAUAAGCAAGUGACACGUACGCACUGUAUUGUAAAGUGUAUUGAUUGCAUCCAACUAUCCCGUUUCCCAUUGUGCUCGGUGUGUAAAAAAACAAAACAAAAAUAUGAAGAGAAACGGUUCCGUUUUGUUCAUCGCUCCUGCUCCUUGCGCCAUCAUUACGCGCCGUCACGAAUGAAACCAUUAUCGAUUCAGCCCAAAAUCAAGCAAUAAGUGUUGUUGCUAGUUGUGUUUCCAAACGUAUAUUUCACUAUCCUAACCUAGAGCGAAAUCCAUGUAGAUAGUGUUAUAAAGAAAACUGUUGGCCAGUGCUGAGGGUCGGCAUGUUUCGUUGUUCGUGCUGCAAAACCCGAUAUGUGUGCGUGGAAGUAAUGGGCCGUUACUGUGACGGGAGAGAGGUGACGAAAAUGGGGAGGGACAAAUGCAAACUAAUCAACGCUGCGGUGAGCUCUAUCUCGUAUCCUUGCUAAACUGUUAGCUCUGCUAUCUAAUGAAGUACUAUAUUCAGGGAGUAAACUUAUAGGGAGAAGAAUUAAACACACAUACACAGAGAGAACACACCACCGUCCCUUUUGCGAGUAGAAGAGUGUUGAUUUUGUAGAUCGUUCUUAGUCGUUUAUUCAGCUUUUUGCAAAAGUCUUUCCAUUUGUGAAAUUUCAUCCCGCUUUGUUUUGGGCCCUUUCGAUCGUCAGCACAGUUUGAUUGAUUGGUUUAUCAAAUCCGCACGAUAAGCUUUCCGCAACAGUGUAAGGGUUUACUUCAACCGUUAGCUAAUCUAACCCCACUCGCUAUUACCGAACUAUUCCUUCACAAUCGUAUUCCGUUCUGAAACAUUCUAGUCAUUCUUCAGCAGAAAUCCUCUGUGCAGAACGGGGACGGCAUGCACACUAUUACCGGCAAACGGUCGGUACCAGAAUCAGAGAGUCAGAAGGAUGGUCAAACCUGGUUAAGCGAGUGCGCGGCGGAAGAGCUGUAAAUUCUUCCAGUAACAAACACACACACACACGAAACAAAACAAAACAAAAAAUGCAACAAUUUAGGACUAACUGAACGCUUCUUCCAGCUCGCUUGUUCUUAUUGUUCCUUGUGGCCCCCGCGGAAAGUGAGGAGAAGAACAAGCGUUUGCAAAACGAUUCUCACCCUUCCGACCACGCGGUUUGGCCAAGCGCGCGCGCACUCACACACACUAUCGUUAGGAGUGGGAGAAAGCUCCUAAGCAGUCGGAAAACAGUUACAAACCAUAUAAGGCCACCUUAAAGAAAACGGGCCCCAUUGUAUGUGUAAUAUUUCCCCUUUAUUAAAUGCUGGGCCCGAAGGGGGGCCUCGAUGGUGCAUUUAGGCGAACAUACGAACCAGGCAGAGGCAAACACAAAAUAUAGCCGUACAUAUAGGAAUAGAGUAUCUAAACGUUAACCACCAAAAAAACUUGGAGUUCCAUUCUUCUAUUCGCACACCCACAAAGCACAGGCAAUAAUGUAUUGAUAAUAAAGAUAAUAAACAGUAGAUAAACAAUACAUAA